AAUUGAUCAUUGAAAGGGUGAACAUCGAUUACUUUACGGUACGGGACUGCGGCUCCAGAGAGAACGCAAUCAAAUUGGAUGCAAAAUUUCAAGAAGAAAAAAAUAUUUUUUGGUCAAUUCAAUAAAAGUGAAAUCAAAAACUAUUUCGUAAUUUUCUUUGAGGAAAAUACACAAAAAAAUAAUUACAAAUAAUAUUCUCCAAGAUUCCAAAAAAAAAAAUAUUUCAAAAACAACAACGACAACAACAACAAAGUCAUUUAUUCUUAGUGAAAAUAACAUCUAUUGAUUUCGGGGUCAAGUUUCCAAUUAAACAAUUAACUCAGCUGGGCGAGCAUCACCAUCGUCGCCGUUGUCGCCCCACAAUACACCAGCAUAAGACAAUAACUGCGAUACGUAAGCCAAAGUAGAGAAGGAGGUGGAGGAGCAGCACCCAAAGUGCAAAGAGUCUGACCAAAAACAAAAAAACCCAAAUGACCAACAACAAAAAUGCCAACAAAAUGAAAUAUUUGCCGGUUUAUUUUCUCCUUUUUGUCGUCGCUGGCUUCCCCGGCGCCCGUCUUCCCUGUGCGGCGAGUCAAGGCCAGGAACCAAUUAUUUGUAAAUCGACCAUAAUCCGAAACAUCCACGACCUCGAAAAGAUACAAAAUUGUACAAUAAUAGCUGGCCAUGUAAAGCUGGUUAAAUUCGAACUGACACCCCAAAUGUUAGCCUCCCUGCCAUCGCUGAGGCUGGAAGAAAUCACGGAUUAUUUAUUGGUAUAUCGUGUGCAUGGCUUGGACAGUUUGGAGAGAAUUUUUCCCAAACUUCUGGUCAUACGCGGUGUACGAUUGCUGUACGAGAAAUACGGUUUGGUUUUGUUUGAAAAUCGUAAUUUGGAAAAUAUUGGCUUGGUGUCGCUGCUAAGAGUUCUACGUGGUUCGAUACGCAUCGAAUCGAAUCCGUCGUUGUGUUUCGCACACACCAUAAAUUGGGUGUCGAUUUUGGGCAAUCACACCAAGGAGUUCCACUACGUUUUGAAGAACAAUAAACCACCCAACUAUUGUCCCCUCUGCUAUGGACCAAAUCAGGAACACCACCAGCAAUGUUGGUCGCUGGGCAAGCCGCAGAGACAAAUCUUAGGCGAAUACAACGGCAAUCAAUGUUCGGCCGAUUGUCCGUCACAGAAAUGCAAUAAAAAAGGUAAAUGUUGCAGUGGCCGAUGUCUGACUUCGUGUUCCGAUGACAAUUGUGGCUACUGUACGUCGCUGAUAAGCGGUAAGAAAUGCGUCAAGGAUUGUAUACCGCCCAGGGCGAGGGCAUUUGGGCGUCAAUGCGUCCUCGACUGCAGCCAAUAUGGGUUGCUGCGCCUUGGAGUCCAUUGCGUGGAAAAAUGUCCCAAAAUGUACGAAACAAUUGUUCAAAAUGGUAAACCACGUUCAUGUUCUCUCAGCUGUAAUGGAAAUUUCACCAUCAAAUCAUCCGAGGACUUGGAGGGUUUUGCCGAUUGUACCACACUGCAGGGUUCGUUGACCUUGGAGCUGACCGAUUUUAAGAAUACAAACAUCGAAGAUUUGGACAAAGCCUUUGGCAAUCUCAGUGAAAUCACGGGCUAUCUAAAGAUAACACGCUCACCCUCUUUGGUGUCACUGCAUUUCCUGCGUAACCUACAUACGAUUGGCGGCAAGUUCCUAAUCGACAAUCUAUAUGCCCUGUAUGUGGUGGAUAAUCAUUAUCUGGAAGAUCUGUGGAAUACAAAUCAACGGGUGGCCAUUUCGAAGGGACGUAUCUACUUCCAUUUGAAUGCCCGACUGUGCUAUGAAAAAAUUGCCCAGCUGGGUCAGCAACUGAAGGAAUCGAAUAUUUCCAUAGCGGAUGUUUCGAGGAAUUCCAAUGGGGAACUGCUGUCGUGUGACAAUGUUAUCAGCGAACUGAAGGUGACAACGGAAGCCAUCAAUGCCAACGAGGCCCGCAUUGUUAUCGAUUUCCUGCCCCCCGAGGCCCUGGUGCCCCUAAUUGGUUAUGUAUACUUUUAUCGUGAGGCACCCAAGCGCAACAUCAGCAAAUACAAUCGCCAUGGCUGUGGUCAGGACAGCUGGUUCAUGGACACCACGUCGAGCAAGCAGCGCCGUCAUGUUCUGCGACAUUUAAAGCCCUAUACCCAGUAUGCGUAUUUUGUUAAGACGCUGACCAUCACCAGUUAUCAUUAUCACGUGGAUGCCACAUCAGAAAUACAAUAUUUUCGAACGGCCCCCGGCAGGCCUGGCCCAUUGGCGAAAAUCUACUAUCGUCCGGUGUCGCCGACCGAGAUUGAAAUCCAUUGGUGGCCUCCACGCAAUCCGAAUGGCAUUAUCAGCAAGUACCUGCUCAAAUACGAUGUUGCAGAAGGAAACCACACAUCCGUGGCGAUUCCCAACAAAUUGUUUGGCAAUGCCGACAAUUGCCACUGUUCCAAAAUGGAUGCCGAACUGAGUGGUCCAACGCCGUUGGACAAGGACUAUUAUCAUCCCGAAAAAAUUGUCUACGAUGAAGGUCUCUCGAAUUUUAUUUAUGUUUCCAAACCCAAAAAUCUCAGCAGAGUUGUAAAAACUGAAGAUCCCAAAGAAUAUUUCCUUCGAAUCCAAGAAGAGCAAAUGAAUAACUCUAAAAGAGAGCAAGACGAUCGUAAAGAAGAUUUCGAAAUCACCACCCUGCCAACCCUGUGCAAUACCAGCCACCCGAGUACCAGUUUCAAACAGGAAAAUAACUGUGUGGAGCGGGAGGAGUUGGCCUACGACCAUGAGAUAGCGGGAGAUAGGCAUUCGUUUACGUUGACGGGUCUCCAACCGCACACCAUGUAUCGGGUGGCGCUGCGUGCCUGUGUCGACGGCCUGGCCAACGGCUGUGGACCCGAAACCAUUCUGUGGGCGGAGACCGUGAGCAAACGGUUGGGCGCCAUUUUGGAGAGUUUAAAAUUAACCAGUUUGGCUGGGGAUACGAAUAAAUUGUUUCGUUAAAUAGUUUCGGAAGAAUUUUUGUAGAAUUUCGCAAGAAAAAACUAGAAAAUAUGUAGUUCGCAGAUGCACGUCAAUGCUAGGGUAUUCAAUAAAAAUGUGAUUUCAGCAAAUUAAA